CUGUGGGCAAUUUAGAAAGUUCAAAAAAUCCAUACCAGUGUAAAAUGAGCCAUUUUGAUUGAUGUGUUUCCAAUGAAUUUAAAAUGUGGAAAGGACGGCUAAUUGUCUUCUGUAAAUGAUCAUGAAGAAAAUAAUGCAUGUAAGCUAAGUGGAUGCCUCUUGGAUUAAGAAAUUGCAAAAAUAUUUUUUCACCUGCUCUGUUGAUAAAGCACAGUGAUUAACAGAUUUAGUUUUCAGUGUGAGUAGCAAGACUUCAAAGGCAUUCAUUGAGUAAUGCAAAAAUGCUCCAAUGCAGAAACAUUUUACACAGCAGGAACUUAAGUCCAUGUGUACAGCAGGCUGCUCACAUGGUGAAAAACAAAACAACACCGCCCCCUGCCCUGCUCUCCCCCGGCCUCCUCCCUGCUCCAUUGACAUGCAUAGCUGGCCUGGUAGGUGUAAAAAUAGACUGGCAGCGCCUGAAUUGGAAGUAGCCACUGAAUGCAGCCUGCAGUUGCUGGGGUUUUGAGUUCUCUCUGGCACCAGCAAGUCAGCCAGCAGAUGGGGAGAACGGGUGAGGGGCAUGGAGGGGAACUGAUUGUCCACCUUAGUGUCCCCCUGGGAGUCCCGGACACGGCACAGAGGUGAACAACAGGACCGGGCCAUCACCAGCGGGGCCAGGACAUCUGAGAUGGGCAAUGCGGCUCUCUGCCCAUCUUGCCAUGCGGAUAAGAGCGUAAGGGCACAAGGACAGUUGCUGGAAUUGGAUAAGACCCCGGAUUACUAUGGCUGUCACUGUGAGGACACCAUCGAACCUGACAGGCGGUCUGACAGCAAUGCGAGCUUCCUCCGCGCUGCCAGAGCUGGGAACCUGGACAAAGUGGUGGAGUAUCUGAAGGGGGGCAUCGACAUCAAUACCUGCAAUCAGAAUGGACUCAACGCUCUCCACCUGGCAGCCAAGGAGGGCCACGUGGGGCUGGUGCAGGAGCUGCUGGGAAGAGGUUCCGCAGUGGAUUCCGCUACGAAGAAGGGAAACACUGCUUUGCAUAUUGCAUCCUUGGCGGGACAAGCAGAAGUCGUCAAAGUUCUUGUUAAGGAAGGAGCCAAUAUUAACGCACAGUCUCAGAAUGGCUUCACUCCCUUAUACAUGGCUGCCCAAGAGAACCACAUCGAUGUUGUGAAAUAUUUGUUGGAAAAUGGAGCUAACCAGAGCACCGCCACUGAGGAUGGUUUUACGCCCCUGGCUGUGGCUCUCCAGCAAGGACACAACCAGGCGGUAGCCAUCCUGUUGGAAAAUGACACCAAAGGGAAGGUGAGGCUGCCAGCCCUGCACAUCGCAGCCAGGAAGGAUGACACCAAGUCAGCUGCCCUCCUGCUUCAGAACGACCACAAUGCGGAUGUGCAGUCCAAGAGUGGUUUCACCCCUUUGCACAUAGCAGCCCACUAUGGAAAUGUCAAUGUGGCGACGCUUCUUCUAAACCGAGGAGCUGCUGUGGACUUCACAGCCAGGAAUGGAAUCACUCCUCUGCAUGUGGCUUCCAAAAGGGGAAACACAAACAUGGUGAAGCUCUUACUGGAUCGUGGUGGUCAGAUCGAUGCCAAAACUAGGGAUGGGCUGACCCCACUCCACUGCGCUGCACGAAGUGGGCAUGACCAAGUGGUAGAGCUUCUGCUGGAGCGGGGUGCCCCCUUGCUGGCAAGGACCAAGAACGGGCUGUCUCCACUGCACAUGGCUGCCCAGGGGGACCACGUGGAGUGUGUGAAGCAUCUGCUACAGCACAAGGCGCCGGUGGACGAUGUCACCCUGGACUACCUGACGGCCCUCCACGUUGCUGCACACUGUGGCCACUACCGUGUCACCAAGCUCCUGCUGGACAAGAGGGCCAACCCCAACGCCAGAGCCCUGAAUGGUUUUACUCCACUGCACAUUGCCUGCAAGAAAAACCGCAUCAAAGUCAUGGAACUGCUGGUGAAAUAUGGGGCUUCAAUCCAAGCUAUCACAGAGUCUGGCCUCACACCAAUACAUGUGGCUGCCUUCAUGGGCCACUUGAACAUUGUCCUCCUUCUGCUGCAGAACGGAGCCUCUCCAGAUGUCACUAACAUUAGGGGGGAGACCGCACUGCACAUGGCGGCCCGCGCCGGGCAGGUGGAGGUGGUCCGGUGCCUGCUGAGGAACGGCGCCCUUGUGGAUGCCAGAGCCAGGGAGGAACAGACGCCUUUGCACAUCGCCUCUCGCCUGGGUAAGACCGAGAUCGUGCAGCUGCUCCUGCAGCACAUGGCCCAUCCCGACGCAGCCACGACCAACGGCUACACGCCACUGCACAUCUCCGCCAGGGAGGGCCAGGUGGACGUGGCGUCGGUGCUCUUGGAAGCAGGUGCAGCCCACUCCUUAGCCACCAAGAAAGGCUUCACUCCCCUGCACGUCGCGGCCAAGUACGGAAGCCUGGACGUGGCGAAGCUCCUCCUGCAGCGUCGGGCAGCAGCAGAUUCAGCGGGAAAGAAUGGCCUUACCCCGCUCCAUGUUGCUGCUCAUUAUGACAACCAGAAGGUGGCGCUGCUGUUACUGGAGAAGGGUGCUUCCCCUCACGCCACUGCCAAGAAUGGUUAUACUCCUCUACAUAUUGCUGCCAAGAAGAAUCAAAUGCAGAUCGCUUCCACACUCCUGAACUAUGGAGCAGAGACGAACAUCAUGACCAAGCAAGGGGUGACCCCACUCCAUCUGGCCUCACAGGAGGGCCACGCCGACAUGGUCACCCUGCUUCUGGAUAAAGGAGCCAACAUCCACAUGUCCACAAAGAGUGGGCUGACACCCCUCCACCUGGCAGCCCAGGAAGACAAGGUGAACGUUGCCGGUAUUCUCACCAAGCACAAGGCUGGCCUGGAUGCUCAUACGAAGCUUGGUUACACUCCUUUAAUUGUGGCCUGUCACUAUGGAAAUGUGAAAAUGGUCAACUUUCUUCUGAAGCAGGGAGCAAAUGUCAACGCCAAAACCAAGAACGGCUACACGCCCCUGCACCAGGCGGCCCAGCAGGGCCACACGCACAUCAUCAACGUCCUGCUGCAGCACGGGGCCAAGCCCAACGCCACCACCGCGAAUGGUAACACUGCCUUGGCAAUCGCUAAGCGUCUGGGCUACAUCUCCGUGGUCGACACCCUGAAGGUGGUGACUGAGGAGGUCACGACCACCACCACGACUAUCACCGAAAAACACAAGCUAAAUGUUCCUGAGACAAUGACUGAGGUUCUUGAUGUUUCAGAUGAAGAGGGUGAUGACACAAUGACAGGUGAUGGGGGAGAGUACCUGAGACCUGAGGACCUGAAGGAACUCGGUGAUGACUCUCUGCCCAGCAGUCAGUUCCUGGAUGGCAUGAAUUACCUGCGAUACAGCUUGGAGGGAGGACGCUCGGACAGCCUCCGAUCCUUCAGUUCCGACAGGUCUCACACCCUGAGCCAUGCGUCCUACCUCAGAGACAGCGCCAUGAUGGAGGACGCGCUUGUGAUUCCCAGUCACCAGGUGUCAACUCUAGCCAAGGAGGCAGAAAGGAAUUCUUAUCGCCUGAGCUGGGGCACUGAGAAUUUAGACAACGUGGCUCUUUCUUCCAGCCCAAUUCACUCAGGCCGCACCUCUCCAUGUCUUGACCGUGACAACAGCAGUUUCCUGGUUAGUUUUAUGGUGGAUGCCCGAGGGGGCGCGAUGCGAGGAUGCAGGCACAACGGGCUCCGUAUCAUUAUCCCCCCUCGGAAAUGUACAGCCCCGACUCGAGUCACCUGCCGGCUGGUCAAACGCCAUAGGCUGGCGACUAUGCCUCCGAUGGUGGAAGGAGAGGGCCUGGCCAGUCGCCUGAUCGAAGUCGGACCUUCUGGGGCUCAGUUCCUUGGUAAACUUCACCUGCCAACGGCUCCUCCCCCACUUAAUGAGGGAGAAAGUUUGGUCAGCCGCAUCCUUCAGCUGGGGCCUCCUGGAACCAAAUUCCUUGGGCCUGUGAUUGUGGAGAUCCCACACUUUGCCGCCCUUCGAGGAAAGGAGAGGGAGCUGGUGGUCCUGCGCAGUGAGAAUGGGGACAGCUGGAAAGAGCACUACUGUGAAUACACCGAGGAGGAGCUGAACGAAAUCCUCAACGGCAUGGACGAAGUCCUGGAUAGCCCCGAGGACCUGGAGAAGAAGCGAAUUUGCCGCAUCAUCACCCGGGACUUCCCCCAGUACUUUGCGGUGGUGUCUCGCAUCAAACAGGACAGCAACCUGAUCGGUCCCGAGGGCGGGGUGCUGAGCAGCACGGUGGUGCCCCAGGUGCAGGCUGUCUUCCCGGAGGGGGCACUCACCAAGCGGAUCCGAGUGGGCCUGCAGGCUCAGCCUAUGCACAGUGAGCUGGUGAAGAAGAUUCUAGGCAACAAAGCUACCUUCAGCCCUAUAGUUACUUUGGAACCCAGAAGAAGGAAAUUCCACAAGCCAAUCACCAUGACCAUCCCUGUCCCCAAAGCUUCCAGUGACGUCAUGUUGAAUGGUUUUGGGGGAGAGGCGCCCACCUUACGAUUACUAUGCAGCAUCACUGGUGGAACCACCCCUGCUCAGUGGGAAGAUAUUACAGGAACUACGCCAUUAACAUUUGUCAAUGAAUGUGUUUCCUUUACCACCAAUGUGUCUGCCAGGUUCUGGCUGAUAGAUUGUCGGCAAAUCCAGGAAUCCGUUCCCUUUGCAUCCCAAGUAUAUAGAGAAAUCAUCUGUGUACCAUAUAUGGCCAAAUUCGUAGUGUUUGCCAAAUCACACGACCCCAUUGAAGCCAGAUUGAGAUGUUUCUGCAUGACUGAUGAUAAAGUAGAUAAGACCCUUGAACAACAAGAAAACUUUGCUGAGGUGGCCAGAAGCAGGGAUGUGGAGGUAUUAGAAGGGAAACCCAUUUAUGUUGAUUGUUUUGGCAACCUGGUGCCAUUAACCAAGAGUGGCCAACAUCAUAUAUUCAGUUUUUUUGCCUUCAAAGAAAACAGACUUCCUCUCUUUGUAAAGGUACGUGACACAACUCAGGAACCUUGCGGACGACUAUCAUUCAUGAAAGAGCCAAAAUCCACGAGAGGCCUGGUCCAUCAAGCUAUCUGCAACUUAAACAUCACGCUGCCAGUCUAUACAAAGGAAUCAGAGUCAGAUCAAGAACAGGAGGAAGAGAUCGAUAUGACAUCAGAAAAAAAUGAUGAGACAGAGUCUACAGAAACAUCUGUCCUGAAAAGUCACCUGGUUAAUGAAGUUCCUGUUCUGGCAAGCCCGGACUUGCUCUCUGAAGUUUCUGAGAUGAAGCAAGACUUGAUCAAGAUGACGGCCAUCUUGACCACAGAUGGGCCUGGCAGGGCAGGGUCCAUGAAAGUGAAGGAGCUGGCGAAGGCAGCCGAGGAGGAGCCAGGAGAGCCUUUUGAAAUCGUCGAACGCGUCAAAGAGGACUUAGAGAAAGUGAAUGAGAUUCUGAGAAGUGGGACCUGCAGCCGAGACGAAGGCAGUGUGUCCAGUUCCCAGCUGGAGAGAGAAUUAGUGGACGAGGAAUGGGUUAUUGUCAGUGACGAGGAAAUAGAGGAGGCAAAGCAAAAGGCAGCUGUAGAAAUCACGGAGUACCCGUGCGUAGAAGUCAGGCUAGAGAAAGAGACCAAAGUGAAGGUAGACAAGGACCCAACUGGGCUCGUGAACUACCUGACUGAGGACCUAAAUUCCUUUGCGCCGCCUCACAAAGGGCGAACGGAUAGCGUUGGCGACAUGGCCGGGGACAGGCGUGAGGCCAUGUCUGAGCACCGAGGGAAGGGCGCUCCCCCGGACGAGACAGCAAGCACACAGAAACAGCUCAAACCCAGCCCAGGCAUAAAGAAACCGGUGCGGAGGAAAUUGAAAGAGAAGCAGAAACCCAAAGAGGAUCGUUUGCAAACUGGCGCCGAGAAAACCGAGUUUAAAAAAGGGAGUUCGGAAGAGUCACUGGACGAGGACCCCGGCCUCGCCCCUGAGCCUCUUCCCACCACCAAGGCCACGUCACCUCUGAUCGAAGAAACUCCCAUUGGCUCCAUAAAGGACAAAGUGAAGGCGCUUCAGAAACGAGUGGAAGAUGAACAGAAGGGUCGAAGCAAGUUGCCCGUCAGGGUCAAAGGCAAAGAGGAUGCCCCCAAAAAGCCAGUCCCCAGGACGCCGGCCUCUGCGUCGCCCUCUCUGAGGCACGGGCCCGUGUCCCCCUCCCCGAAAACAGAAAGACCUUCUCCCCUCUCCUCCUCUGCCAAAGCCGACAGGCAUCCUCCGUCCCCGUCAAACAAAACCGAGAAACACUCACCCGUGUCCCCUUCUGCAAAAACCGAAAGGCACUCACCCAUGUCAUCCUCCGGGAAGACGGACAAGCACUCCCCCGUGUCCCCCUCAACCAAAAACGAAAGACACUCCCCCGUGUCGUCUUCCACAAAAGCAGAGAGACACCUGCCUGUUUCGCCUUCAGGUAAAACAGACAAACGUCCCCCUGUAUCACCCUCCGGGCGGGCGGACAAACACCCACCGGUGUCGCCUGGGAGGACAGAGAAACGCUUGCCCGUGUCGCCCUCUGGCAGAGCGGAGAGGCAUCCUCCGGGCACCACCCCGGGGAGAACCGAGAAGCACCUUUCCGUGUCCCCUGCCGGGAAAACGGACAAGCAGCCCCCUGUCUCCCCCACCUCCAAGACGGAGAGGAUUGAGGAGACCAUGUCUGUCCGGGAGCUGAUGAAAGCUUUCCAGUCGGGGCAGGACCCGUCGAAACAUAAGACGGGACUCUUUGAGCACAAGUCGGCCAAGCAGAAGCAGCCCCCAGAGAAAGGCAAAGGUCGGCUGGAGAAGGAAAAGGGGCCGACGCCGACACACAGAGAAACCCAGAAAUCGGAGAGUCAGACAAUCAGGCGAGGCCAGAAGUUCCUGGUGACAGGCGCUUCGGAGUCCAAAAGGGGGCUCCGUGUCUCCUCCUUAGGGUUAAAGAGAGAGGAGGCCGCCGGAGAAAAGGAGAAAACUCUCAGCCACAAGCUGCCUGAGCCUGUUCCGUCAGCCCCAGAAGAGGAAAGCCAUAAAGAGAGCGAAGUCCCCAAAGACAAGCUGGCUGAGGACCAGGGGGACCUGGAUCUCCAGAUCAGCCCAGACAGGAAAACCUCCACGGACUUUUCCGCGGUCAUCAAGCAGGAGCUGGAAGACAAUGACAAAUACCAGCAGUUCCGCCUGAGCCAGGAGCCCGAAAAGGCCCAGAUUCACUUAGACCAAGUGCUCACCAGUCCUUUCAACACGACAUUCCCCCUGGAUUACUUGAAGGACGAGUUCCCCCCGGCUCUCUCUGCGCAGAGCGGGGCUCUCGACGGCAGUUCCGAAAGCCUCAAGCAGGAAGGGGUGGCCGCUUCUCCCUGCGGCAGCCUGAUGGAAGGGACCCCCCAGGUCAGUUCAGAGGAAAGCUAUAAGCACGAGGGCCUAGCCGAGACCCCUCAGACCAGCCCAGAGAGCCUUUCUUUCUCACCGAAGAAAGAUGAGGAGCAAACCGGGCAACCAAACGGAACUACCGAGUUAGAAGCGCCAGCAGAGGCCCACUCUGAAAAAGAACACCCCUUAGACAAAGACGUUUCCGCGGCUUCUGAGCCAGAUGCGGUGCCUGCGGGCCCAGAGCCUGCUGCAGAGAGCGUGCUCACAGAAGCCACACCAGACCCCGCCGAGGACGCGCACCCCGAGCAAGAGCGCCAUUGUCCUGGCAGCUGUAGCCUGUCGUUAGCAAAAGAAACCCAAGGACUGACGGGGGAUGAGUCCUGUGAUGAGGGACAACUUACGCACAUUAGCUCAGCCCACAAGACACAAACUGAGACUGGCCCUCGGGAAUCCACGACCCCAGAGCUCUCAGAGGAGACCAAGGCCUCAUCGCCACUGCCCGAUGCAUCUGUAAUGUCAGAGGCAGCAACGGGGUCUGAGGCCAAGCCCCAAGGAGCUGUAAGGAGUCCCCAAGGAUUAGAACUUGCCCUCCCUUCCCGGGACAGUGAGGUCCUCAGUCCCGGGGCUGAUGAAUCCUUUGCAGUGAGCCACAAAGACUCGCUGGAGGCCAGCCCGGUGCUGGAGGAUAACUCCUCGCACAAAACCCCUGACUCCCUGGAGCCCAGCCCUCUCAAAGAAUCCCCUUGCCGAGACUCUCUUGAAAGCAGCCCGGUGGAACCAAAGAUGAAGGCUGGCGUGCUCCCCAGUCACUUUCCUCUUCCUGCAGCCAUGGCGAAGGCAGAACUCUUGGCGGAGGUGGCCUCUGUGCGGUCCAGGCUGCUCCGAGACCCUGACGGCAGUGCUGAAGAUGACAGUCUGGAGCAGACGUCACUCAUGGAGAGCUCAGGGAAGAGCCCGCUGUCUCCCGACACCCCCAGCUCGGAAGAAGUCAGCUAUGAGGUGACCCCCAAAGCCACAGAGGCAAGCACCCCCAAACCAGCCGUGAUUCAUGAGUGUGCAGAGGAGGAUGAGUCAGAGAACGGGGAGAAAAAGAGAUUCACACCCGAAGAGGAAAUGUUUAAAAUGGUAACUAAGAUCAAAAUGUUCGAUGAACUUGAGCAAGAAGCAAAGCAGAAAAGGGACUGCAAAAAAGAAGCCAAGCAAGAGGAGUCUUCGUCAGCCUCUGACCCAGACGCUGACUGUUCAGCAGGCGCCGAUGAGGCCACCCCCUUGGAGCGUGCUCGGGGAGAAGGUGAUGUCCCCGUGGUGGUAACGUUGGAGAGCAGGAAGACUUCUUCCUCCUCGGAAAGUGAACCUGAGUUGACACAGCUGAAGAAAGGUGCUGACUCUGGCCUCUUACCAGAACCUGUGAUUCGAGUACAGCCUCCGUCCCCGCUUCCAUCCAGCAUGGACUCCAAUUCCAGUCCCGAGGAAGUACAAUUCCAGCCUAUAGUUUCCAAACAAUAUACUUUCAAGAUGAGUGAAGAUCUUCAGGGAGACGCAGGUCAACCAGAAGGAACAGACUGUGAAUCUCGUAGCCCUGGAGACAGUCAUAGUGUUUGCACCAAUGGGCCAGAUAUGUCUUACAAUGAUCUAAAUAAAGAUGCUAAUCAACCAAAAAUCUGCGAGGGCCAUGGGUGUGAGGCUGGGAGUCCCAGCUGCUUGGCCACACCCGUUGCUUCGGCUCUCCAGAGUUCCCCUGGUGGUGAUGUCACUGACCAGCAAGGUGUCCAGAAGGAAUCAGUUCUCCAAGACAUUGAUGAAAAAGACACAAAUAGAGAGGAGAUCGAUAUUUCUAAAGCAGAAUCCCCCCAAGUAGAUUGCCCCAGUGCAAGUUCAUCAUCUUUGGCCUCUUUGCCUCAUUGUCCGGCAUCCACUGGAAAAGAAUUAGGUGUAGACAUAGCCUCUGCAUCUUCUACUACAAAAAUGGAGCUCACAAACACUGAGGAAACUUUGGAGGACCUCGCAAAAGACCAUUCUACUCAAGGCUCAUCGGUUACGGCUCAGAUAGACAGAUUGUCUGCAGAUGUUCUGGCCUCUGGCCUGGCUGAAACUGAUGACAUUUAUGACCCUGAAAUCAUAAGUCCUUAUGAAAAUGUCCCUUCCCAAUCCUUUUUCUCUAGUGAAGAAAACAAAACCCAAACAGAGACAGGACACACAACUUUUCACUCUUCUGAAAUGUAUUCCGUUACCAUCACGUCCUCUGGUGAAGACGUAGUGACGAGCUCCUCCAGUAGGACUCUUUUGAGUAGAGAAUCUAAUUUGCAGAGCGAGAACUCAGAAAUAACAUCCGAACAAGAGAGUGCCUUGUGGGAAAUGCAAUCAGACAGAGCCCCCUCAUCAUCAGAGUCCACUACAACAAAUACAUCAAUAGUUGUUGGUGAGCAAAUAAGCAAAGUCAUCAUCACAAAAACUGACGUGGAUUCUGAUUCGUGGAGUGAAAUCCGUGAGGAUGAUGAAGCCUUUGAGGCUCGAGUGAAGGAGGAGGAACAAAAGAUAUUUGGUCUGAUGGUAGACAGACAAUCACAAGGUACCACUCCUGACACCACUCCUGCCAGGACCCCAACUGAAGAGGGGACCCCAACCAGUGAGCAAAAUCCGUUUCUCUUUCAGGAAGGAAAAUUGUUUGAGAUGACCCGAAGUGGUGCCAUUGACAUGACCAAAAGGUCCUAUGCGGAUGAAAGUUUUCACUUUUUCCAAAUUGGGCAAGAAUCUAGGGACGAGACACUCUCUGAAGACCUGAAGGAAGGGGCUGCUGGGUCUGAGUCCCCACAACCGGAGACAUCGCCUGGGUCCCUAGCACUUUCAGAGUCAAAGGAAACAGUGGAUGAAGCAGACUUACUUCCCCAUGACCUGAGUGAGGAAAUAGAGGAAACUUCUGCUUCAGAUGCUCAGCUUGACUCCUCAAUGGGGAUCUCAGCCUCCACUGAAACAUCAACCAAAGAGGCUACUUCUUCAGGGACGGAGGAUGUCCUCACCACACACACGGGCGAUACACCCCCUCUGUCCAGUGUGAAGCAGACAUCUUGCUCUGAAUCCCCUGAACAGGUUGUCCAAGUUCAGUUAGAUUUUUCUACAGUCACUCGGUCUGUGCAUUCAGGGCGGGAUGAUGAAUCACCCGAUUCUUCCCCAGAGGAACAGAAAUCAGUCAUUGAAAUCCCUACUGCACCCAUGGAGAACGUGCCUUCCACUGAAAGCAAAUCCAAAAUUCCUGUUAGGUCUCUAGCCAUCUCAACCCCAGCACCUCCAUGUACAGAGGGCAAGCGUUCCCUUUCGGAAGACUUUGUGUCCAGCCUGGAUGAGGAAAGCAAAGAUGAAACAAAACCAAAGUCUAAAGUUCCCAUCAGAGCAUCCAUCCAAAGAGUCGAACAGCAGCUUUCGCAUCCAGACUCAUCUCUCCAGCAGACGGGGGCUCCUCAGGGACAGGACAUGACCGGCAGAGUGUCGGACAGUAGGAGCAAAUCUGAAUCGGAUGCCAGUCCUUUGGACUCCAAGAGCAAAUGUCCAGUGAAAACUAGAAGUUACACUGAGACAGACACACACAGUGGAGAGCGGGAAGAGGGGCUUGAGUUAGAGUCAGAAGAAGGGGCCGUAAGACCAAAGAUGUUUGCAUCCCGCCUGCCAGUUAAGAGCAGAAGCACCAACUCAUCCUCCAGAGGGGCUAUGAGCCCCACCAAAGAAAGUAAGGAGCAUUUCUUUGACAUUUACAGGAACUCCAUAGAAUUCUUUGAGGAGAUCAGUGACGAGGCUUCCAAGUUAGUGGAUAGACUCACACAGUCAGAAAGGGAGCAGGAAUUAGUUUCAGACGAUGAAAGCAGUAGUGCCCUCGAUGUGUCAGUAAUCGAAAAUCUGCCACCCGUUGAGACCGAGCACUCAAUUCCCGAGGACAUCUUUGACACAAGGCCCAUUUGGGAUGAGUCCAUUGAGACUCUGAUUGAACGCAUCCCUGAUGAAAAUGGCCAUGACUCUGCUGAAGAUCAACAGGAUGAGCAGGAACGGAUCGAGGAAAGGCUGGCUUAUAUUGCUGAUCACCUGGGCUUCAGCUGGACAGAACUGGCACGGGAGCUCGAUUUCACCGAGGAGCAGAUUCAUCAGAUCCGCAUCGAGAACCCUAACUCCCUGCAAGACCAGAGCCACGCACUGUUGAAGUACUGGCUGGAACGGGACGGGAAGCAUGCAACAGAUACCAGUCUCAUCGAGUGUCUCACCAAGAUCAACCGCAUGGAUAUCGUGCACCUCAUGGAGACCAGUGCAGAGCCCCUGCAGCAGCGCCUCAGUCACAGCUAUGCCGAGAUGGAGCAGACCAUCGCCCUGGACCACAGCGAAGGAUUCUCGGUGCUUCCAGAGGAACUCUGCACUGUGCCACGCAAGCAGAAAGAAGAGCCAGCUGCUUGUAAAGAAAGCGAGUCCUCCGAUCACCCUCCCAUUGUCUCUGAGGAAGACAUUUCUGUCGGCUAUUCCACUUUCCAGGAUUGCAUCCCCAAAACUGAGGGGGACGGUGCAGGCACAGAGCCCUUUCCUCACACUCCCAAGGAGCAAGUGCAACAGGAUUUCUCAGGGAAAAUGCAAGACCUGCCUGAAGAGUCACCUGCUGAACGUCAGCAGGAAUACUUCGUGACAUCCCCAGGGACAGAGGUGUCAGAACCCCCACGGGCCACGGCAGCCUCGGGCUCCCCCAGCCAGACCCCUGAGGAAGUCAGUACCCCUCCUGACGGGGAGAGGCCCUACCUCCAGACCCCGGCCCCCAGCGAGUGCGGAGACUCCCCCAUCAUACAAGAACCCGAGGAAUCCCCAGAGCUCAAGGAGGAACACUCCCCCCAGAAAACCAGCCUGGUGAUCAUGGAGUCCACUGAUGAGCAGCCCCGGGCCGUGGAACAACUCGAUGAAGAUGCAGCUUUUGUAAAGGAGCUAACGCAAGAAUUAGGUGAGCUGGAGGUCAGCUCAGAUGAGGAAGCGAUGGUCACUACCAGGGUGGUUCGCCGGCGAGUGAUCAUUCAGGGAGACGAUAUGCCUGAUAUACCCCCGGAAACAGUCACACAAGAAGAGUACGUCGAUGAGCAGGGACACACGGUGAUAAAGAAGGUUACCAGGAAGAUCAUCAGGCGGUACGUCUCCUCGGAUGGCACUGAGAAGGAGGAGAUCACGAUGCAGGGAAUGCCCCAGGAACCGGUGAGCCUGGAGGACGGAGACGGUUAUUCCAAAGUCAUAAAGCGCGUUGUCCUGAAGAGCGACUCGGCACAGUCAGAGGUGACUUUGUCUGAGCCCAGCAUUUUGUGCAGUACCUCACAGUUUCAGGCUGAACCAGUGGAAGGCCGUAGAGUCAGCAAAGUUGUUAAAACAACUGUGGUUCAUGGAGAGAGGAUGGAGAAACACCUGGGGGAUGCUAGUUUAGCCGCUGAUCUUCCUUCAGCCAAAGAUGACUUUGAAGAGGCUCUGAGUUACACAGGUAGCCGCCUGAAAGUCCACUUGCCCAGUUUAGUAGAGAAUGAAAUACUGAAAGAGGAUGGAUCCGUAAUUAAGAGGACAACAAUGAGUAAGGCCAGUACACAGAAGAAGGCUGUGGUGAAGGACCAGCACGGAAAACGCAUUUACCUGGAGCACCUGGAGGAUGUACCGGAAGCACUAGACCAGGAUGACCUCCAGCGCGACCUCCAGCGCCUCCUUCGGCAUUUCAGCAAGGAGGACUCCAAGCAAGAGGCCAAAUGAGGGGCCGCCCAGUUCUCACCCCAGCAACCACAUUCACUCAAUAUGCAACUUCCCGAUUCUCUAGCGGAGCAACCUAGCAGGCCUAAUCCACGGGCUACCUGGCAGUUCCACUUUUAGCAAACACACUGCGUUUUAUUUCAGUUUCCCCCCAAUCCUCUUUAACUGUAAGCUAAUUUGUGACCAAAGAUAGCAUCCCUCAUUCUGGAUGCUGUAUCCACUUCCCUGUUGGGUCUGUGCUAACCUGGGAACUGGCCACCCAUUCGUUCUUGGCUUCUGCACAAGCUCCAUGGAAAUCCAUUCAUCAGAAGAACUUCACCCGCAGACCUCUUCAAGUGACGGUGUCUCGGAGUCUCUGGGAGGGACAUCCGUGUACAAUGUAUAUAGCUAAAAUGCUCAGAUGAAUGACCUGUUAAAAUUUAAACCACUGCCUAUCAUAACUACACUGGGCAUCAAGGAAUAAAACGCCUCUAGAAAUGGCUGGACCGUGGCUAAUCAAGAUAUUGCUAACACAAUCGAGUGAUAACACAGUUCUACCGCCAAGAAGCACUUCAGACGUACCACGUCCUUAGAACUUCCAGAGUAGCCAUGGCUCCUAGUUAAAGAUGGGUUGUUAACCUCCAGGAGCUUCCCUCACUACACCCUGGUGCUGGUGCGGCCCAGCCAUGGCUUCUCACUCUCCCCCAGCCAGUCUGAGGAGGGCAGGAAGGGAGCAGAUGGCAGACAUCGAAGCAAUGAGGUAUCAGCUGCUGGGAGCUACGCGCUGUGGCUUUCUGGCAUCUUCAGGUCUUUUCGAUUUUGGACACGUUGGCAGGGUAUUUUAAAAAGCUAUAACUACUGUAGUUUUUCCAGUUUUCAUUGCUGCUUUAGCAAACCACGCUGUCUUAUUGGUGGCGCCAUCUUCAGGCCACUGCACUGUACAUAACUCAAUUGGAAACGAAAUUUACCUACCACACAAAAAGUUCAACUCCUCCCGCCAUGUCGGAGCAGUUUCAUUUUUUUUUUUUCCUCCCUGUUUAUAUCUUCUCUAAUACCUGCAUGGAGCAUUGAAAGCAUUGGAACCAUAGUCACAACCCCUCUUCUGAUCUCAUUCAUGAAUGGGUUUCAUUCUUUUUACCAGGAAGUAAGCACUUUUCAACGUUUCAGCUCAGUCUGUUUUUUAGCUUGCAGACAAGGUUGAGACACCCUGACAAAUUUGGUCAUGGUUAAUAAUAACAUUUUUUUGGUUUAUUUAUUUGAAGCCCAAACUCCCUGGGGAACUCUGAAGUGCGUGUGUGCAUUUUCUCGUUCGUUUGUUUCCAAGAAUGGACCUGAAUAAUCUGAGUGAUUUCCACGUCCGCUUCCUUAUUUCUCUAGUGGUUGAAGCUGUGUAGCAUUUUAACAUAUAUAUAUAUUCACAAAUAUAUUCCUAUAAACAGUAUACAUUUUGAAUCAGUUAUUUGUUAAAGAAAAGUAUAUUCAACAAAGAUGAAAUUAAAAAACAACCAACACCAACCGCCCCAGAGGCUCUCCUCCAGGGCUUGAACGAUUUCCAACCCGAUCUGGUCUUUUCCUGUUGUGCAAAAGUGACUCGUGGCUCCAAAUGUCGAGAACAUAUGCAACAAACAAUGGUUCUUCAUCAUUUCAAGUAACGUUGCCAAGAGAGAGCAUUUCCCAGGAGGGAGGUUUCCCACAAGCCGACUCUUCCUAAGCCUCAGACGCUAGCACUUUCUGGCAGUUGAAUGGGAAAUCAAGCUUCCCUGGGCGGCCCCAUGAGCGAGGCCCAGGGCGAAGCAUCCUGAGACACACCACCACGGCCUGCUUGUCAAUCCCUUCACGGGAGCUCCGGAAAAGCAUUCUGUCGUGUUCCUUGCAGUGCAGAUGAUGUCUGUGUAACAACAUAAUGGUUAUUCACCUUCUUUGAUUUUGAUUUUUGCUGUGUAAUCAAAAAACUUGAAUACUGUGAGAAGAAGUGAAUUUUCAGUUGAUGAAUCAGCAUCUUGUUCCCAUGGUGAUAACACUAAUUGAAUAUAUCUAUGAGGGCAUGUAUUAGUUAAUGGAAAAAAAAUACAGCACUAACAAUACAUAGCUGCAAUGUGUACAAUGGCUGAUUUAACUCAAUAAAAUGUACAAGUGUUCAGUGUGGCAACCGUGAUGUGUUCUUCUUUAUCACCGGUCCGUGAUUUCAGGAGAGAAGAGAGUUCUAAUGGGAAGAGACAGAUGAGAAACUUGGAAUAUUUUGGGAAAUGGAAGGGUCGUUUUUCUGCCUGUUAUUAAAAAUGCAAGGUGUUAUCUCUAGCUUAGGGGUGGAAAUAUUUUCAUUGUAAGACGGUAGCCUUUGUAUUUACCUGAAAGAGGGAAAUAAGGUGAGUGAAUUGUUGGAAAAACUCGGGAAUGGCUUUAAAAUAAUCUCAUCAACUAAACUCUUUAAAUAAAGGAUAUCUUAAAAUUGAGAGCAUGCUUGUGCGCGUGUGUGUGUGUGUGUGUGUGUGUGUGUGUGUGUGUGAGUGAGAGAGAGAGAGAGAGAGAGAGAGAGAGAGAUUUUUCAAGCCAUAAGAAGACCCAAAUAGCUUUUGUCUUGUGUUAAUUUAGUAUGUUGUAUGCCUGACAGUGCAUUAAGCACUGGGGCAGUGUGUGUGUGUGU